AUUUUUGACUGCACAAAAUUCACUUUAAUGUGUGAUGGAAACACUUAAUAAUACCUAGUGGCAGGUAACAGUUUCCAUGGCAACAUGCUUACAGGCAACAUGGAGUCCCUUCACUGGAGUUGUCAAGAUGUUGCAAGAUGGAUUGAGUCUUUAGGAUUCCCACAAUACAAACCAUGUUUCACAGAGAACCUCAUCACUGGAAGAAAGCUCAUUUAUGUAAAUUGCAUCUACUUGCCAAGACUUGGAAUCACAGAUUUUACAGAUAUGAAGGUCAUCUGUGCUGGUGUUCGCGAGCUUCUGGGGAUCACAGAGACCCCGUGGAGUCACAGCGUCGCUGACCCUCGAAGGGACAGCAGGGGCUUGUUCUUGGAAAAAAAGAGCAGGACAGGUGAUUGGGCGGACAAUCUCACCUACCAGCAGUUCCUGGAUGACAUGCGUCAGUGAGAAAGAAAGACAUGAAUCACAUUACAGUAAAGUGCAGGAAAAACCAAGUCAUGACAGUGUCACUUCAUUCCACCAACUGUCAGAUCCUGAUGACUCGAUUGAGACACUCGCAGGCCUUGACAUUAACACUUCCCACCAGCAAAAGUGCUUGUCUGCUGUUGCGGCUGGUGAAGAAACUGUUGUUGUACUAGUUUUUUGUGCAUGUGGCAAAAAUGAGUGAAACAGGUUUUUUUCGAGAUUAAAUAUUAGUGAUAUUAAAUGAUAAACUGUUCAAAUCAGAGAUGCAACACUGAUGAUAGAAAA